AUGUCGAAAAAUGUCUCGAAGUUUUCUUCCUCUGAGAACUUAAGCUUCCUUGCUGCUUGUGAUGCUCAAACCAGCUCCGCCCCUAGCCCUACGUUGUCAGCUGGCAACGGAGACACAAUAUCUGCCAGACCUGCAUUUAACACAACUCAACAAAUUUGCGAAUAUGCUGGAGAUAUGGUUAUGCCUGCAAGUGCCAUUUCAAGUUAUGGAGAGGCUUUCCAUGUUCCUGAUAUAAUCGAAAGCACUGUUGGAUUAUUGUCGUCUGCUGAAGUUACCUGCCACCAGCCACCACUUGUAGACUCGUGCGAAGAUAUUGUGGAAAAUGUUCCGAUACGGAAUGAAGGAAAUGUCGGAGAUAAACAAGCUUUAAUGGCAAUAAACAGUCGAUCUAUGAAGCAACAUCAUCAAACCGAGAAAGUAGAAGGAGAGAGCUCCCACCCUUCUCGUAUUGCAACAUCAGAGCCUAAUAACGCAACAAAAAACCAUGAAGGUGAACCAUGGAGCCAUUGUCUUUGGUGCAUUGCUUUUUGGUACUAUGACUGUUGUAUGGCUUCUGAACGGAUACUGAUGGAUGUUAAUCCAGGUAAUAAACUACAUUGUGCUGCAAAAGCUGCAGCUGACAAGGAGAAGACGGUCCCUUGGAUAGCUUUGUUCAAGGUGGAUGAAUAA